GUUCGUGCGAUGUUUUCUGUCUAGGUCGCGCUACUACCGACUAAUCCACGAUACGUGGAAAGCAGCGUGAGUUUUUCUCUCCUUCUACACAACAUGUCAAAUUAUUGUUGAAUUUCUCUUAAUUAUUUGACGCUAGAAAUCGUAUUUAUUACGAUCUUAGUGGAUUUUUAUUCGCGACAAUAUCGGAACGGCCGUACGUUCGAUUAGACAUUUUCUUUUCAUUUCUUGAGAAUCUUGCGUUCUGCAUAUGCACGGCACGAUGAGCACACCAGCUCAGGGGCAAGUUAAACCAAGAAAUGGUGUGGUUAAGCAGGUAAUGUCCGGGGAUACUAUCGUUAUUCGUGGACAACCGAUGGGAGGGCCCCCGCCAGAAGUUACUAUUACUUUGUGUAACAUAACCGCUCCAAAAUUAGAACGCUGGAAAGCAAAUGAUAGCGCUGAAGAAAGUAAAGACGAACCAUAUGCCUGGGAAGCUAGAGAAUUUUUACGUAAGAAGCUCAUUGGCCAGGAUGUAACUUUUACUACCGAAAAAGCAGUUAAUACUAAUAAAACAUACGGCACUGUGUGGCUUGGAAAAGAUAAAAAUGGUGAAAAUGUUAUCGAGUCUUUAGUUUCCGAAGGCUUGGUUAUCGUUAAAAAAGAUACUCGCAAUCCUACAGCCGAACAAACACGAUUGAUCGAAUUAGAGAGUGCUGCGAGAGCAGCUAAUAAAGGGAAAUGGUCUGAUACGCCAGCUUCUGCACAUGUACGUGAUGUUAAAUGGAACGUCGAUGAUCCUAGAAAAUUGGUAGAAAAAUAUAGCAAAAAGCCUGUCAAGGCUGUUAUUGAAUUUGUCUUUAAUGGAUCAACAGUAAAAGCAUUUUUAUUACCUGAAUUUUAUAAUAUCGUAUUGAUGAUAUCUGGCAUUCGUUGUCCUGGCUGGCCAAGUGGACGACGCGAUGCCAACUCAGGUGAUCCAUAUGCGGAAGAGGCAAGGUAUUUUGUAGAGUCACGCCUCCUUCACAGAGACGUCGAGAUAAUACUCGAAUCUGUAAAUAACAACAAUUUUGUUGGAAGUGUUAUUCACCCAAAAGGAAACAUCGCGGAGAUCCUAUUGAGCGAAGGUUUUGCCAAAUGUCAAGAUUGGUCUAUUAGUAACAGUAAAUCUGGCGCAGAAAAGCUCUAUCUUGCAGAAAAAGCUGCCAAAGAGGCACGAUUACGUCUAUGGAAGGAUUAUAAGCCGUCUGGGCCGCAAAUCGAAUUUACUGGUACUAUUGUUGAAAUUGUAAAUGCAGAUGCGUUUAUUAUCAGGACACAAAAUGGGGAAAACAAAAAAGUCUUUUUAAGUAGCAUUCGACCACCGUCCAGAGAAAAGAAACCUGGCGAAGACGCUAAUAAUGCUGUCAGGUCAAAAGAUUUCCGACCUCUUUAUGAUAUACCGUGGAUGUUAGAGGCGCGUGAAUUUCUUCGAGAGAAAUUUAUCAGAAAAAACGUUAAAGUUGUGGUCGAUUAUACACAACCAGCAAGGGAUAAUUUUCCAGAAAAAUUAUGUUGUACAGUCAUGUGUGGUAAAACAAAUAUUGCGGAAGCAUUAGUUUCAAGGGGUCUCGCUAAAGUAAUUAAGCACAAACAGAGCGACGAUCAACGUUCUUCUCAUUAUAAUUUGCUUCAAGUUGCCGAAAGUAAAGCAGAAAAAUCGCAACAUGGAUUGCACGCGAAGAAAGAUAUUCCUGUUCAUAGAUUAGUGGAUCUUUCCAACGAUCCUCCUAAGGCUAAAGCAUUUUUAACGUCAUUGAAGAGGGCACAAGGAAUUAAAGCUGUGGUUGAAUUUGUUACAAGCGGUUCGCGUUUAAAGUUAUUUUUGCCAAAAGAGGAUCAACUUAUAACGUUUGUAUUAGCCGGCAUUAGAGCACCUAGAUGUCAGAGGUCCUUACCUGGAGGAGGUAUUAUUAAAGCAGAUGAGUAUGGCGAGAAAGCUUUGGCUUUCACCAAGGAACAUUGUUUCCAAAGGGAUGUAGAAAUUAAAAUUGAAACUACGGAAACUAAAGGAAGCGGAUUUAUAGGAUGUUUAACCGUCAAUGAUAUUAAUAUGUCCGUCGCUUUGGUAGAAGAAGGUUUAGCGGAAGUUGUGACCUUUCCUGAUCUAGGUGAAUUUACUAAAAUCCUUAAAGCUGCAGAAGAGAGAGCUAAAUCGAAAAAGCUUAAUAUUUGGAAGAAUCGCGUAGAGGUGCAAGUUGAAAAUGAAAAGAAUGAAGAUGAGAAGGAAGUUGCAGAAAGAAAAAUUGACUAUCAAGAAGUAGUUAUUACAGAAGUUACGGAAGAUCUUCAUUUCUAUGCUCAAAACGUCGAGCAGGGCAGUUUGUUGGAAAACCUACUUUUACAAUUACGACAAGAAUUGGCUGCUAAUCCUCCACUUCCUGGUGCUUACAAACCUACAAGGGGUGACUUGGCAGUUGCCAAAUUUACAGGCGAUGAUCAAUGGUAUCGUGUCAAAACGGAAAAAGUAUCAGGACCAAAUGUUAGCGUAUUUUAUAUCGACUAUGGUAACAGAGAAACUAUUAACGUAACACGAGUCGCUGAUUUACCUGCUCGUUUUGCGACCGAUAAGCCUUAUGCACAUGAAUACACACUUGCAUGCGUUGCUUUGCCAAACGACAAUGACGAUAAGAAAUCGGCUGUGGAAGCAUUUAAAGAAGACGUUAUGGAUAAAAUAUUACUAUUAAAUGUUGAAUACAAAGUAAGCAAUAAUCUCCAUUCUGUAACUCUUGCCGAUGCAUCUACGAAUGAAGACAUUGCCAAAGGACUCAUUGCGGAUGGGCUGUUAUUGGUUCAAAAACAUAAAGAUAAGAGACUUGGAAAAUUAAUCGAGGAGUAUACAAAAGCGGAGGAAGAUGCCAAGCAUAAUCGUCGCAAUAUUUGGGUAUAUGGCGAUAUAAGGGCAGACGAAGACAAAGAAUUUGGAGCGUAAUCGAGUUACUGAAAACGUUGAAAAACAUUUCUGAUCAAACGAAAGUGAUAUAAAAAAGACAUUUUUGAAAAGCAUAAUAAUAAAUGCAUAAUGAGAUAUACAUGUGUGUGUGUAUAUAUAUAUAUAUAUAUAUAUAUAUAUAUAUAUAUAUAUAUAUAUAUAUAUAUAUAUAUAUAUAUUGACUAGAUUGAUGGAAAAGAAUGAAUGUCGAUAUGAGAGUUACAUAUUGCAUUUGUGACAAUGCAAUUAUAUUUCAGUAUGUAAAAGCCCGAAAUGUACAUAACAAUUUAAUUAAUGUCCAUAAUUAUUAGCAUGUUACAAAGGACAAAGCACAGAUGCAGAAAAUAAAUGGAUCAGACUGCCUCUACUGACAUAAUAUAUGUAUUCUCAUCGACACAUACAUUCAUUGCUCUUUGGUGCCACAAUGUAAAUGUUUUUUCAAUCUGAUCAUGAAUGAAUUUUGAUAAAAUAUUAUUUAAUGGUUCGCCAACCUGUGUGCAAUUUAUCCUCUUUAUAUGAACGAACAAUGAUGUUGAUCUUUAGAUGUAUGUUACACUUAACAGUUGGCUGCAAAAGUAGAAUUCAUCGAAUAUUAAGUAACAUAUCUGUUUAUCCAAUUAACAGAUUGAACGUUUAAAGUGUUGUAUCAGAUAAAUACGUAUUCCCAGAUGUGUUAUAUUAACGAGACUGUAGAGAAUCAAAUAAGAACUUAUUUGAGAAAUGACUUAUUUUAAACAAAUAUUAGGAGUAUGUAAUUCUAAAUGUUUCUCAAGUCUUUCUAAUUGACACAGUCACGUGAU